AUGGGUACCAUUUUUAGUUUCUUUAUUCUUUUCACUAGUUACUUCAUGGGUGUUCAUGGAAGAGUAAUGUCUUCAGAAGAAUCUCAUAUAAUGCUACCCUCAGAAAAUCAACAAAGUUUCACCCAUUUACACUUCUAUUUCCAUGACAUCCUAGAUGGUGAAAAAGCAACCACACUCAAAAUCAUCAACCCACCUAGUGAAUCAUCUCAUGGUCCUUUUGGAUCCACAUACAUUAUAGACAACCCUUUGAGUGAAGAACAAGAUGUAAGUUCAAAGCUUAUUGGAAGAGCUCAAGGAACCUAUGCUUUGGCUUCUCAACAGGGUGAUUUUGCUUUUAAGAUGGAUAUUAAUUUUGUUUUUAUAGAAGGGAGAUACAAAGGGAGCACUCUUACUAUGCUUGGAAGGAAUGUUAUUGUGGAUGAUGUUAGAGAAAUGCCUAUUGUUGGAGGAACUGGUGCUUUUAGGUUUGCUAGGGGUUAUGCUUUGGCUAAGACUGUUUGGUAUAAUUCUACAUCUGGGAAUGCUAUUGAGGAGUUUAAUAUUACAAUUUGUCAUUUCUGA